UCCCCGCCUCACGAGCUCACAGGCACGCACACACAUUCCGCCGCUCCCGCCCUCCAUCCCCUCCUCCCUCUCGCCUUCCCUCCCUCCCUUUCCCGGACAUCCCCUCACUUCCUGGGGCCGGCGGGUGGCGGCGGCCGCCCCGCACCGCUGUGUCCUCCGGCGGGGCAACCAUGAGGGCGGCCUGAGGGAGCAGCGCCGGCCAUGGACGGGCGGCGGGGCCGGCAGAGCGGCGAGCCCGCCGCGGGGUUUCCCAUGGAGCCGGGGGAUUCCCUGCUGCAGAGGGCGGUGGCGGUGCUGCACAGCUCCUACCUGGACCCCACUGCCCGGGGCGGGUUCCGGUACAGCCGGGCCAUCCUGGUGGAAAAUGAGGCUUUCCGGAGUGAGCUGGGAGCUUUCGCCCGAGCCAAGGAAGCCGCCGGGUACAGCCGGGAGGAGCUGCAGGACACCUUUGGCUUCCUCCUGUAUGACAAGGAAGAAGAGGCAAAGGCAGUGUGUCAGAGCGGCCUCCGUGUCAACAGCAGCUCCAUUUCCACGCUGGGAGACCCGGCCAAAGGGGUUUAUAUUUCCAAGCAUGCAGACUGUCUCCACCCCAGACCCUGGCACCACGGAGAAUCGGGAUAUAUUGUCAUUUGCAAGCUAAUUAAGGGCAGGGUGCGGGUGAUCCCUGAGGAUUACACCACCACCUACACCUGCCCCUCGCCGGGCUACGACUGCCACGUCGCCGAGAGCCGCGACCCGGCCGCGGCCCCGCCCGGCCCCGGCCAGGCCUUCGAGCAGAGCCAGUGCUACGUGUACGAGGUGUGCGCCGGCAGCCCGGCCCCGCGGCCCAGGCAGGUCUGUCCCUACAUCAUGCUCUACUGCCAGUACAGGGAUCCCAAGGACGUGGCCAUGGAAGACCUGCCCCGGUGUGAUCCCCAAGAUCUCUACUGCCCGUGGAGAGGACAACUCACCAUCCAGGGGAAACCAUUUUGCGACAUCACCCUGAGGACCCCCCACAGCUGCUCCAUCCCAGUCCAGCUGCCUACCAGGCUGGACAUCAGCCACGUCAUGGCACUGGCUGAGCUGAGGGAGAAACUGCCGGAGGCGGCCUUUGGGAAAGGGAAUUACACCGGCAAGGAAGUCUGCUUCCAGGGGGUUUAUUCCAGCUUAUAUGAAGUGGAAAUAUCCAGUAAGGAUCAACAAAAAAUGGAUCAGUUCGUAGAAAACCUAAAGGAAAAGGACUUGGCAAUCGUCAAACAUUUACAGGAUCAGGGGGUCCUCAUCUUCCUCACCUCCUCGGCCUUGGCGCCAGACCAUGGAAUUGACGCCCAGGAGCCCCUCAGCCUCCUGGCCCUGUUCCUGUUCACCUCGGCCCGCUCCCUGUGCUUCAGAGCGGAAAAACGCCCCGCGGACGCCAAGAGGAGGUACGGGGACAAGAGGGACAUUCCCUGGAAGGUGUCGUCGGUCCUGCCGGGGCUCCGCUACGCCCUGAGGAAAGCCCGGGGCUCCCCAUGGAAUGACCCCGUCAGCCCCAGCGCGCGGAUCAAGCAGCACUUCCAGGACUACGCGAAGGUGGGGCCGGAGCCCGCAGACUCCCAGCUGACCCUUCCUGCUGCCCCCUCGGCCGCGGAGGAGCAGCCCGGCGCCUUCCACGAGUGCCCCAAGAAGUGGCUGUGCCAGCUGCGGCAUUACCUGCUGGACCCCAGGAGCUACACGCUGGCGCUGUCGGCCGCCAUCGGCUCCCUCAGGGGGCUGGCCGAGUCCCCGCCGGGCCACACCGAAGGGCUUCCCCCCAGAGAGGGCGGUGCAAGGGAAGGCCCCGCUCCCCAGGCCGGGGGAGAGCCCGCGGGGGAUUCGGGCUGUGCCGGGGGAGAGCCCGCGGGGGAUUCCAGCUCUGCCGGGGGAGAGCCCGCGGGGGAUUCCAGCUCUGCCGGGGGAGAGCCCGCGGGGGAUUCCGGCUGUGCCAGCAGCCCCGGGGAGCAGGGAAGGAGGAAAUCCAGCCGGCUCCUCAUGAGCAGGAAGAGUUACACGCAAUUCCUGGAGGAAGAGGAGUCCGAGGGAGAGGAGGACGGGAGCCCCAAGACGAGACCCAGCACGAGGAGACCCGGCACGGCCACCACCUCCAAAAAAGGAAAGGCCACGGGCAGUUCCCACGAGCCCCUGCUUAAACUGGCCAAUCUACAGUUUCCACAAAGAAGGAAAAGAGGUGCAGAGGUGCUGUCUGCGGAGAUCGUCCACCACCACCACGCGGCCGGAGGAGCGGAGCAGGACACGGCGGAUCCCGACGCUCCCGAGCCGGCAGCCAAGAGAGCCAGGGCUGGGGAGAGCCCAGCCAGCCCUGCUCCCCUUGCCAGCCCUGCUCCUGCUCCUGGGGAGGUGGCUCCUGCUGACAGAACGGUGACAGAUGCCGUGCUGAGAGGCGAGGAGGGCGGCCUGGACCAGGACCGAGGAGAAAGCCAAGCAGGAAACGCGCUGGAGGAGCCAGCCACCCUCCCAACGGACGUCCCUCCGCAGUCCCAGUGCCAGGGAGAGCAGAGCCGAGGGAACGAGCUCUACGUGGCUGCUGCGCUGGAGGACUGCAACUCCCACGGGCUGAACCUGCUGGCUGACCUGGCCCUGGGCUCCUGCAUCUCCCUCUUCUCCCCGCCCGACACCGAGGCCAUCCCUGCCUCCCACAGCCCCUCCAGUGACUCCUCCCCGGAGCAGCAGGAGGACCCAGAGCAGCAGGGUGAUCCCAAUCUGGAGCAGCAGGGCCAUCCCGGGCCGGCGUCCCCCGACCCCAAACAGCAGAGGGCCGGCAAACGAGCGGCCAAGGCGGGGCCACCCAGCCCGGUGCGUCCCGCAGUGGCAAAACCGCCCUCGAGCGGCUCCGGCGCUGCCGCUGCUGGGGACAAAACGUCCAGGAUUGCCGGCCAGAGCAGCGCCAGGCCCGGCCUGGUGUGGGGCAGGGUGACGGAAGGCGCAGGCGGGUCCCAGCAGUGCCCCAUCGCCUGCGAGCACUCCUACGCGCUCAGCGUGCCGGAGCAGCGCGCCGGGGACGCCAACGCCAAGGGAAACCCCCCCUCCAGAGCAGCCCCCUGCAGGAACGGCACCGGCAGCGGGAGGGCCCGGGAGGGCCCGCUGGUGGGGAAGGUGCUGCCUUUCCCCCGCCCCCCACAGCCCCCCGGGGCCACGAGGGGCGCGACGAGCCCCUCCAGGGCCAGGGAGGAGUUCGCCAAGUGCCACACAGUGAAGGCGCACGGCAACUCCCUGAAGGUGACCCUGCAGUGGGACGGCGAGUUCCUCUACAACCUGGACACCAGGUACAGCAACAACAACCUGGAGAGAUCCGUCAUCCGUGCCCUGCACGGGCCCUGGAACUGCAAUCUCCCCGAGGACCUGGAGGAGAUGAAGCUGAUCCUGCAUAUGUGGGUGGCCCUGUUCUACAGGAAGCCCACCACCCAGCUCAGCAGCUCCAGGAAGGUGGUGGAGCACAAAGACCCCAAGAAGUUUGUCCUGAUCAACAGCUCCGACGGCUUCCUGGACUUCACUGACGACAGGGAGCGACCCCGGCGCUCCAAGACGUGCCCUGCAGACUCCAGGUCGGAGCCUGACCAGACUCCUAGCAGCUCCCUGGAUUCCAGCACUCCGGGACAAUUCUCUUCCCGGCCGAAGAGGCGCCGGGCGGACUCGCGGAGCGACACCGGAGGCAUCGACAGCACCGUGUCCUCCUCCUCAGGGGAGCUGCCCUGUGAGGAGGAGGAGCCCUCCUCCACCAGCUGUCCUGAGAGCGUUCCCAAGGGCAUUCCCAACGGCAUUCCCGAUGCCGAACAUGCCGCAGAAAGCCCGGAUGAGGGAGAGGGGCAGCCAGGAAUGCCCGAGGAGGGCAGGUGGGACGUGCCGAGCGUCGCUACGGAGGAGCUGGUGGAUGCCACGAUCACCCCCGGCCCUUCUGAGGAGGAGCUGGGGCAUGCCCCGGCCGUGCCAAGCACUGAAAAGCCCUGCAGCCCGGCCCCCAACCCCUGCAGCCCAGCCCCCAGUCCCUUCAACCCGGCCCCCAACCCCUGCAGCCCGGCCCCCAGUGCCACUGCAGCUCCGUGGACAGAGAUUGGUGGAGAAGGGGAGCAGUGGGAGAGCGGGCAGGAGGCAGGAGCGGGGCGUGAGCCCAGUUCUCCCUGGGAUUCGGGAGAUGCCGGACGCUGCACAGAGGUGGAGGGCAGCAGGGACAGCAGCUGGGCCACCAGUGAUCUGCGGGGUUCCCUGCCCUCGGAAGCAAGUCCUGGAAGUGCCCGCGAUUCCGUGCCCUCGGAAGCGAGUCCCCGGAGUGCGAAUCCUGCCGGAGCCAGCAAGGAGGGGCUGGAGUCACAAAACCCCUUUGGACACCCGGAGAAAGAGGAGAGAGAGCCGGAGGAGGACAAGGAUGAGAACGAGGAGGACUUUGAGGAGGAAAGCACAUUCCUGGGGCCUGUGGAUUUGGUGUUAUCUGAGAGCAGUGACACCGAGAUGGGGAGCGAGCACAGCGAGCAGAAACCAGGGAAUUCCCCGUUUCCAGAGGACUUCGGCGUUCCUGGAGAGGACUCUAUGCCCAGCCCCAGCUCCUUGGCAUCUCCCUGCUCAGCCAGCUCCACACUGGUGCUGUCAGGUGGGACUUGGACCGGGAAUUGGAGUGGGACUGGCUCUCCAGGCCUUCCUGGUGAGAUGGCCCCGAGCGCGGAUGAGCUCCUGGAGCCCUGGGAUGCUCCGGCCACUCCGUACUCGGAGACAGGCACUGGUGGUGUGGCCAGUCCAGCCCACGUGGGGUCACCCCGUGACAGUGGGGAGAUGUUCCCACCUGAUCCAGGCCUUUUCCAUGGGGCACAGCCAGACAGUGUUACGGGCAGCCCAGGAGCUGCUGGAGAGACACUCGGGAAUGCCUUGGAGCAGAGAGACAGGGAUCACGUGCCCGCCGCAGAGAGGUGGGAUCCUGCCGGGAACACGGAUGGCCUGGAGUCACCGCACAGCCGGGGACUGGCACCAGCCUUGUCCCCUGACUCCAACUCUGCCUGCCUGGCAUCUCCUGAUGGAUCCAUGGAGCCUGGGGCUGCUCCAGAGGACUGGGGACCCACGGCAGGCUUGCCAUCGCCGUCACGGAGCGAGCUGGGUGGGAGCAGCCGCUUUUCCCGGGAACAGGGAGAUGGAGUUCGUGCUGAUCUCGCCUUGCCUCGCUCUGGGGACUCAGAGCAGGGAAGGAGUGAGGCUUUCAGGGAAGAAGAGCCUGGCAACCCAUGUUCCAACUGCCCAGGAGUGCUGGAUGGUCCCGUGGGAGCGGGUGGUGACCAGGACUUCACCUCUGACUACAGAGCCCCUGGAAAUGAUGGCAGGGCUGGGGAGGGGGACCACGUGUGUCCUGGUGCAGAGAAUUCCCCCAGGACGCACGGAAUGGACGUGGAGAUGGCGGGUGACGCUCCACAGGAACCAGAGAUGCCCCUCCAUCACCUGCUGGAGUCGGAGCCCUCCUUGGAGAGGAAAGGGAUGUCUGCUGUGGAGGAGCCCCCCGGGCAGCAGCAGAACUUCCCAAAGACCGUCUCCCCAUCCAGCCCUGGAUACUCAGCUCCUGCUUCUCCUGCUUACGAGGAAGAUGCAGAUCCCCGAAACUCAGAGCAGAGCCAGUGGGAGCCAGCCCCGGGCCAGCCCUGGAAUUGCUGGGAGGAAGGUGGUGCUCCAGAGGGGAGUGGGGGUGCCCGGAGCCUGGAGAGCUCCGUAAAUCCCAGGUGUUCCGGAGGGGUGAUCAGAUACCGGGCCGGGCGCCCUGCAGGGCUGGCACGGGGCUCCCCUGCGGAUGUGCUGCCGGGGCAGCUGAGAUCCAGAUCUGCUUCUCCUCCACACCGUCUCCAGGAUGUUCUCCACGGCCCAGAGCCAGACUCAGUCCUGGAUGUGUGUCCUGGGAUGCUCCGUCCAGGCACGGAUGAUGCCUCAUGGUCCUCCCCCCGUACCAACCCUGGGAGCCAAGCAGAGCAUCCAAGAGGGAGCCGGAGGGAGGAGCCCAUCCUGCCUGGGCACUGGGAAGGAGGAAGCGGCAUCCCUGUUUCCAGCCCUCCAUCUUCUCCAGAGGGGGAGUCGCACGAUCCAUGGCACGAGCCCUGCUCUGGGUGGGAGGACAGCGAAUCUGAGGCAUUCCCUGAUCCCAGGGACAGGGAGUCCUGGGCAUUCCCUGGUCCACACGGUGCCCGCACAGAGGAGGCAGAUGAGGAGAUCCUCGUUUCCCCCAUCCCGGCGUUGCCGUUCUAUGGGCACAGGGAUCCCUCUGGAGACAGCCUGGAGUUCAGCGACGCUGAGGAUCCUUUGGACACCUUCCCGAGGGCAGAGCAGUUCCUCGGCAGGGACACACACCGGGGCCUGGCCUUUGGAGACCCACUGGAUCUUUCAUCCAGUGACUCGGAGCAGGAAUAUUUUGGGAGGAACUCGCGUUCCCAUCUUCCAACCAGGGUUUCCCACGGCACGAGAGCUGCGGACACCGUGGGCACGAGGACUAACGGCGACCACUUCUCCAUGGAGGGGCAGGGAGAAGGCUGGGGCUCGGUGCUCUCCAGGCAUUCCCGGAGCUCCGUCAUCACCCAGCACCACCACCGGGAGAGGCCUGGGAAUUCCCAGCCCUCGAGGAGGCGGCGCUGCCGCACGGGAGAGUCCCAUCUGUUACGGAACAAUUUGCUGGGCGACUGGAGGGGCUUUGAGGAGCUCACCCAGAACACUCUGGACAUGGAGUGUCUCCGUUUCCAUUAUAAGCUAAACCAGGUCCUCGGGAAUAGGAAACCUCCCUUUUCUACCUCGGAGGGCACCUUCCCGAAGGACUUUUCCCGGCCAUCCCCGCGCAGCAGGAGCCCCUUGCAGGUGACCAUCCCACCCUCGGACACGUGGCCGGGGGGGAGCAGGUCCCGCCGGUGGAGGGGCCGGCACGGGGAGGUCACCCCCCAGGAGCCCAGGAGGAGAUCCCCAUCCCGAGCCCGCGCUCCCGUCCACCUCGGGAGGCUGCGCCAGGACGGCCGCCCGCUGCCGCCUGGCCGGGGGGACGUCACCCGGGGGGACGUCACCGUCAUCCUGGACGGCUGCUCUGAGUUCCAGAGGGUGGUGCUGAGCAGGGCGGGCACCGGGAGCGAGGGUAGAGAGGGCAGAGAAGGCAGAGAGGGCAUAGGGCCGGGCCUGGUGCGUGCAGGGCACGGGGCCGAGGGCCGAAGGACGGCGGCCGUCGGGGACACCAUUGGCGACCUGUGCGGGGCCCUGCGGUCCCAGCUGCGCCGCGUGGCCCGCCGGGCCUCCCCACACCCCCCCAUGUUCUACCUGCUGGAGACCGGCAAGGAGCCCUUCUUCGAGAGGCUGAAGGCCCUGCUGAGGAAGGAGGGCUGGGUGAGGAUGGAGCCCCUGAGCUUCUGUGAGGGGCGGCGCCGGGCGGGCGCCCAGCUGCUCGUCAUCAUCCGCAACCAGGACAUCUCCUUGCACCUGCACACCAUCCCGGGGCUGCUGGAGCUGAAGUGCUGUCCCAGCGUGCUGUUUGCCGGCGUGGACAGCCCCGAGGACGUCACGGGCCGCACCUACCAGGAGCUGUUCCACACCGGGGGCUUCCUGGUGUCCGACCACCACCUGCUGGAGUCCGUGUCCCUGGCCCAACUGAAGGAGGUGGUGAAGGUGCUGGAGAAGCUCAACAGGAGAGGGAGGUGGAAGUGGCUCCUUCACUACAGGGAGAACAAGAAGCUCAGAGGAGACCUCAGGCUGGGCCCCGAUGCCCCCGGGAAGCAGCGGAUCCUGACCUGGUGCCAGGGGGAGGGCCUGGUGGAGCCGCUGCCCUUCCACGCCUGCGACAGCCCCGGCGCCCCCGACAAGGAGCUGCUGAGGUGCCUCCUGCAGCUGCAGGUGCAGCACGUGCGGGCCAGGCUGGGCGUCCUCCUCACCCAAAACCCCGGAGCCAGCCGGGAGAUCCUGGAGAGCAAAGGGAUCCUGGUGGUCGAUGUCAACACCUUCCUGGGGACGCUGCAGGACGUGGCUGCUCCUUUCCAAAGGAGCUACUGGUGACAAAGUCCAGGCAGGACUUGGCUCCUCCCCAGGGUGGCCCCAGCCGGAGCCUCCCAGUCCUUCGGGACUCGCCCAUCCCGGCGGGUGCUCCGGGGGGUGCGGGAAGGGCCGUUCUGGUUCUGCACAGAAAAUCUGACUGAGAGGUGGUCAAUCCAACCCCCCCGGCCUUUAUUCCCUGUUGCAUCCCAGGACAGAGGUUGUUUUAGCGCGGUCGGGAAAUUCUCGGGGCGUUCCCGAGCGUUUCAGUUCUGCUGACGUUGGAAUCUCCAGAAAGCCGUUUUUACUUGAAGGAAGGUCAGGAGGGACAACAAACCCCACUCCCCACGGGGUAGUUCCCAUGCCCUGCCCCUCCUACACUACAUUUCAACUCACCCCCUGUUGCCUCACGGUACAUUUCCCUGCUGGGACUCCAUUCCGUUGCAUUCCAGCACCUGGAAUUCCUGUAAAUAGCUGGGAUAUAGGAACAAAACCAAAAUCUCUUAUUUAUGGGGGCCAGGAUGGAGAUGCAGGGCUGGGGUUUGUCCUCUUGUAUUUUGGGUUUUUUAAAAUGAAAGAAUUGCAGUUGCCCUUCUGUACAGGACAGGUUUGUAAAGAGUUUGGAUAAUAAAACCUUGGAAGAAAGCAA